AUGUCCGCCUACGAGGACCCCACUAUCGCCAAACCUGAGGCUCAGAUAAACAAGAUCAAUGCCAAAGUCGACGCCAGGCUCUCUAACGCGAGUAAGCUCAUCACGAAGAUCCAAGGUUGCCAUCGUGACAAUGAGAAGCACUUCAAGAAGGCCGAGAUCCUGCUUGCCGAGCACAAAGUCGCAAUCAUCGCCCCUCACAUUCUCCUCGCUGCGCAGAUACUGCCAGACACCAAGCUCAAGCUCGAGGUCGCCGAGUACGAAAUUAAGCGCCAAAGUGACGAGUGCAAGCGCCUCGAGGCAAAGCACCUGGACGCCCGCAAGUCAGAAAUACGCGUCAAGAAGGAGAACAAACAGCUGACCAAAAUCGUCGAGUCGCUCACCGCCCAGUUCGAGGGCAAGGCUACACCAGAAGAGAAGUGCAUCAAGACCGAGAACGAGAAGCUCAUGAAGAAGCUCGCCAUGCUAAGCGCGCAGCUCAAGAGCAAGAUCGAGGAGUGCGAGAUAAAAGAUCAAGCCUUCAAUGAUCUGCGCGAAGAAUUCGCCGCAUAUCUGAGUGUCAACUCGGACACUUGGAGUCACCGUCACGAUAGCUGCAAUGAGCUCGUCGCCGCCCUCGAAGAGCAAUGCGGCAUGUUCGCCGCUGAGCGCGACGCACUCGAGGCCAACCUCAACACCCUCUACCACAAGAACAACUUUCUUACUAUCGAGCGUGACAACCUCCAGGGCAGGUUUGAUGUAAACCAACACGCCUUUCAGAUACCGUGUAGACAUCAGCUUACCUAAACAGGAUGCCAUCAAGGGCCAUCAAAUGGAGCUUGCAGACUACGAUUCUCUCAAGUGUGAGAGCGUCUCCAGCUGUACCUCCUGCGUGUUGCACCUCGAUCGUGCUCUCCGCAUCUCCCGCACCGCUGAAGUUCAAGCACUCCAGCUCGUCGACCAAGUGAACCACGAUCGCAUGGUAGCGUGGAACCAGCUACACGAACAUCAGACGAGGGCCAUCCAAGAACACUAUGCUGCGGUUGAAUCCUGGAUGGCAGCUCGACAGGCACCUAGCAUAUCGCCUACAUUGGUGUUGCCGACUUUCGCGCCUGGUGGGGGUGGCAGUAAUGGUUGGAAGGUCUUGGAGAUCUGCGAGUCGUCUGAGGAUGGUAGCGUUGAGUUCG